AAUAGCAGCAACCCAUCUUUGCAAAAAUAAAAAAAUUAAAAUUAAAAAGCUUGCCUAAACAGCAAACACUCUGAAUUGAGUGCACUUUUAGAACCUUGGGACGCAUCAAGAUUUACACUGCAGCUCACCAAGGAGUGUUAGCUUUUUGAGAGGCUGGUAUAUCGGAUUUCCUGAAGAUUUGGAGCUUACUUCUGAAAGCAAAUGCAAAAGGACCCUAAACUGUGAUCCUUGAAGGCACCAGUCCUACAUAUUUUCCACUAUGCCCAUUGUUUUUCUCCAUGAAAGAAUUCCUUCUUGGAGCCAGGCAUCCCCGACGUUACAACAUAAGAAACACUGACAACCAUAAUAAGAAACAUUUGUGAAGAGUACUACAGUGCCAGAAAAAGGCACCAAGCAGACAUUACUAGAGAAACAUGGAUGAAGUCGGAAAUCUGACAAUAUCGCCUGCCAGUAAUAACACGUGCUAUGACAGUAUUGAUGACUUCCGCAAUCAAGUGUAUUCUACCUUGUAUUCUAUGAUCUCUGUUGUGGGUUUCUUUGGCAAUGGCUUUGUGCUCUACGUUCUUGUAAAAACAAAUCAUGAGAAAUCAGCCUUCCAAGUAUAUAUGAUUAAUUUAGCUAUAGCUGAUCUAUUGUGUGUGUGCACACUGCCUCUUCGUGUGGUUUAUUAUGUUCACAAAGGCAUUUGGCUCUUUGGUGACUUCCUAUGCCGUCUCAGCACCUAUGCCUUGUAUGUCAAUCUCUAUUGUAGCAUCUUCUUCAUGACAGCAAUGAGCUUUUUCCGGUGCAUUGCAAUUGUUUUCCCAGUUCAAAACAUUAAUUUAGUUACACAGAAACAAGCCAGGUUUGUGUGUGUUAGCAUUUGGAUGUUUGUGAUUUUGACCAGUUCUCCAUUUUUAAUGGCCAAAACUUACCAAGAUGAGAAAAACAAUACCAAGUGCUUUGAGCCUCCACAAAACAAUCAAGCUAAAAAUCAUAUUUUGGUCUUGCAUUAUGUGUCGUUGUUCAUUGGCUUCAUCAUCCCUUUCAUCACUAUAAUUGUUUGUUACACAAUGAUCAUUUUUACUUUACUAAAAAGUUCAGUGAAGAAAAAUCUGUCAAGUCGUAAAAGGGCUAUAGGAAUGAUCAUAGUUGUGACAGCUGCAUUUUUAAUCUGCUUCAUGCCAUAUCAUAUUCAACGCACUAUCCACCUUCAUUUUUUACACAAUGAAACUAAACCCUGUGAUUCUGUCUUGAGAAUGCAGAAGUCAGUGGUUAUAACGUUGUCUCUGGCUGCAUCAAAUUGUUGCUUUGACCCUCUCCUCUAUUUCUUUUCAGGGGGGAACUUUAGAAAAAGGCUGUCUACAUUUAGAAAGCAUUCUUUGUCCAGCAUGACUUACGUACCUAAGAAAAAGGCUUCCUUACCAGAAAAAGGAAAGGAAACAUGUAAAGAAUAGUUUAAGCCCAUCUCCAGUGCAAAUCAAUGCAAAUAAUUCAUCAAGUAUUUUCUCGAGUCAUUUAUAAUAAAAUGAAAUUUUCUAUUAAUAAUUUACAAAUACUUAAUUGACUAUGUGUGCCUAUGAAUCUUUCUUAUUUAUGCAUUUCAUUAUUAGAUAUAUUAAGUGUUAAAAAUUCAAUCCACAACUAUGGGCUAAAUUAUAAACAAUUGUUUGACCAUUCACCAGAAGGUGAAGAAUAUUUGUGUUUUUGCAGUGUAAAACUUGUAACUAAGAUCAAGAUUUUCUUUCUCAAAUAAGUUUUAUGAAGGAUAAUAACUAGACUUUUAAGACAUACAGUUAGCAAGUAAUUCUCAAUCAUCCUAACAUAUUCUUUUGCAUGCAUGCCAUCAGAUGUGAUCUGGAGAUAACCCAGGAGCUGCAUAAAAUUUAUUGCAGCAUUGUGCUUUGUACUGACCAGCUGGGAAAAGUAGGGCUGUUUCUUCCAGAAAAGAAUGUACAAAAGCUAGACCAGACUAGUAUUCAACCAAAUGGUCCUAAAGAUACCAUAUAAUGUAUAUUCUGGAAACUGAGGAAAAUAAACCUGAUAAAAAGGUCAGCUUGUCUCCAAUUUUCUUCAGCACCUACCUCAGGUCUGCUGAAGAGAAUAGUGGCAUCUUUGAGGUUCCUAGUGAGAUUUCUAUAAGGAACUGUCUCUUUACAUGACAUACAGUCCUCAAGAAGCCAGACAACUGGUAUUCCCAUAUAUGAACAGAAGUAAUUAAAAAUUUAUCUGAAGAAAAACAAAAGGGGUUUACUUUUCUACAUGCCUAUUACUAGGAUCAAAAUUAACUACAAAGGAUCUCUAAAGAAAAUUUUGAAUGUCCAUGUUACAAAUUCUUUCAAGUGCAUACAUUUAUGUGCAUGUGUAUAACUAUAUGUAAGAGAUUUUGUUCUUUCAUAUGAAUUUGCGAGUGAAAGUUAUAAGCUUUAUUAUAGUUUCAUGCUUUUUGCUUUUUAUUGGCAUGUUGACAGGAAUAUCAAAGAUAUUUUAAAAUAUUUUUAUCUUACAGUAGAAGCUCUGUUUUUGAAAUGAUGAAAACUUGGUUAUGGCUAAAAUAUGAUAUUCCUGGGCAAACUUUGGCUAAACUGCAGUGUUUUCCUCAACUUUGUGUUUAAAAAAGCAUGUUACCUCAGAAAAAAUAAGCAAUAAUAGUGAAGAAAAAAAGGACAACUCCAAAGAAGGUGUUCUUUUUGAAUCUGCUUCAUAUAUAUUAUUUCUAUUUCAUUUCUAAUAUUACUGUCCCAGAAAAAAUCACAAAGCAUAAAAGAACUCCAAGGCAUAGUAAUAACUGGUACCCACUGAUUUUUGUUUAAUAUCUGAGAUUUGGCAUUACCUAUGCUUUUACUCUAUAUUCUUUUUCCCUUGCUUGAGACAAAGAUCACACAUAAUAUUUUUAUAAAACUCAGUCUUCAUUGCUCAUUUACUAAGCCUUCUACUAUUCAGCAAGCAGCAUAGUAUUGUAGAAGUGCACUACACUGUAAGUCAGAAGACCUGGAUGCUCUCCUGGUUUUUAAUAUCUACUAGCUCUAUAACAUUAAGCAAGUGAAAUAAACUCUGAUCCUCACCGUCCUCAUUUGUAAAAUGGAAAUAAUGAUAUUUAUCCUGUUUUUAUAGGGCAUUUUGCAACAAUAUUGAGAUCAUGUAUUUUAAAGUAUUACCUUAAAGGUAUAAUCAGAUGUAAUUUUAAAGUAUUUACAAAAGGCUUUAUUACUUAAAUAUCCAGAUUCAUCAUUAUUACAUAUAUUCUAAUUUUGAAACCAUUAAAAUAUGGUCAUAGUUGAAUUCUGUUGCGCAUAAGUCUUUUAGUUUACUUAUUCUUACUUCCAGUUUUUUAUCUAUGUUUUCAUUUGCACUCACAGUCCCACUUACCCCAUACAAAAAUAUACCAUAAAGCCUUCACCUGCAAAUCCACCAUGAAUUUGUUCUUCUUUCAUGCCGUAUGCAUUUAUACUCUAUAUCAUACUGCUUAAUAAUUAUUUUCCAAAUUUCUCCAUACAUGUUAGUAUUUUCUCUGAAAGUGGAGUGAUCUUUGUGGGUUAUCAAUUCCUUGUCAUUGGAAAUUAUACCUUUAAAUGGCAUUUAAUGAGUUACAACUAUGUGCUAGACUGUGUUUUAAAUGCUUUACCUGUACCAAUGCAUUCAAUGCUUACAACUGUCCUGUGAGUUAUGUACCAUUAUUAUCUCUAUUUUAGUGAAUUAAAAACUGAGGAACGAAGAGGCUUAGUAACUUGCCCAAUGUCAGACAGCUAGCAUCAAGGACAAAGAUUCAAACACAGGCAGUCUACUACCACAACCCAAGUUCUUAAUUUACUAUACUACUCUGCCUAACCAUUUUUUCAAUAAAGUUUCAGUUAUAUAAGAUGAAAAGGUUCUAGAAAUCUGCUAUACAACUUUGAGCCCAUAGUUAACAAUAUUGUGUUGUGCACUUUAAAAAUUUGUUAAUAAGGGAGAUUUCAUGUCAAGUGGCCUUAGAUACAUAUAAAAAGAGAGAAAGAAAAGAAGCAAGUGUUUAUUAUUAAUGAGUUUUCAUUUACUUUUAAAAAGACAAUUAAACUGCAUGCUUAAAAUUAUUAACUAUAAAGCCUAUAAUUUCAGUCUGAACAUCUUAAAAACAUUGUAUAGCAUCUUAGAAUGCUGAUAUUAGAAAGCUUUCAUGUUUGUAAGUCCUAAUGGCAAUAUAAUAUCUAGUGGCAUUAAUGUGCCAGUCUUCUGACACGUGGCUUUGGUCACCAACUGUCCUUUCAAACCUGGUCACCUACCCAAACUUUCUUUCAUUAUACAUUUAACUUUUUAUUUUGCUCAGAAAAUAUGGUUUCCAUAUCUUAAAAAUAUAAGUUUUAAUCUGAAAGGAAUAAUCUGUAUUUUAAUCUCCAGAAUAAAUAUAAAUGGUUUUGUGUAUUCAUCUCACACUGUAAACUUUGAUUUCCUUGGUUAUAAAUUUUCCUGAUUUCAUGCUACU